ACUCCUUUUUUGAAGUUGGUUAACAAAUAAAUACUACUAUGAUGUAUUUAUUAUGAAUAACGAUAUAAAAACACAACGGUUGAUAUAGUGUCAGUCGAGAUGAAAACGAUAUGGUAUAAAGUGGUAACACUAAUUGUAAUACAGGGAGCGUUUCAAGAACUCAAAUUGUACGGCUCUCCGUCACAGGCUGAAGUACAAUGCGUCAAUACUUUUGAGGACAUGGGUAAAGGCAGCGGCGGCGACGAGAUUGACAUUGAUAAUUUUUUGGUGGACCAGGAAGAGGGCGAUGCAGAGGGCUCCGGGAGGUACGGCACCAUACCCCCUUUCCCUCCUCCGCCCCCGGGAUUAGAUGGCUACACCAUGCGUUGGAGAGGAGAAAAAGGAGAUCGAGGACCACGGGGUCCGCCUGGCGAAUCAAUAAGGGGACCUCCAGGGCCACCAGGCCCACCAGGGCCACAGGGGACCCCGGGACCUUUAAGUGAAUUUGGAUCUGGAGAUGGCCUGUCCACAAUCAACAGUAUCGCGCAAACAUCCAGCGGAGCGGACGGAACAAAUCUGCAUAUCCCUGUAAAGUCUAGACCGCAGAGAUCUCGUUUAGCCUGUGGGCAUCACCUGCUGUCUGUUUGCAUAGCUUACUGCGGCAGUGGCGCACAAAGUAUUAGACAGAGCGAUUUAGAAACUCCACUUUGA